AAACCGGCGGCAUGGCUUUCUACCUAAGGUACUCGCGAUUGAGUGUGUAGUAGUGCGGUUGUCAAAAUCGUUAUCUCUGACUCUCUCACUCCACUGACACUGACAUUGUUUAUGUUUUGGUUUUCCUGGCACGGUCCAUUGUUCGUUUGUUAUUGUUUUGGUUUUAGUGGCACGGAGCCAUGCACUCACACUAAUGCAAAGGAAGAUCGCGAGUACCUAUGAUAUACAGCCUUGAACCGGCGGUCACCACAUCAGGUGAAUAAUAUUCAAGCAAGACUUGGCAAUUUCGUUCACAUUUUACCUACGGGUUUUUACGGCACAGUUACCAGCAAUGGGUAAAAAAAUGAAGAAAUCGAAGGUGGACUCCAACGGCGCCGAUUCGGCGCUGGAACCCACCACCGUAGAAACCGUUCCGAAAGAAAACGUGGGCUUGUCGGAAAAGUCCAAGAAAAUCAAGAAAAAGAAGAAGGACAAACUAUCGGCCGCGACCUUACUGAACCAGGUAACGGAGGCCGUGGAGAACGGUGAGCUUGCGAUCACGAAACCCAAGAAAAAUAAGAACAAGGGCAAGCCGGUUCCGGUCGCUGAGCAACAGCCUGUCGGAAACGGACAAACUGACGACGGUGCCAAACACAAGAAAAAGAAGAAGAACAAGGACAAACGGGCGAAGAAUGGUGGAGACGCACCGGCGGAUGUUCCAGAACCGAAAAAGUCAGGCAAGAAAGACAAACAGCAGUUAAAGCAGAGGGAAACGAAGCCAAAGGCGAUUGCCGUCGACAACGAUGUGGUUACUUCCGAGAGCGAGUCCGAGGUUGACGAAGAGGCAGACGAAUCGACCGCGAUGGACACGGUUAACCAGUCGGUGCUGAGUCAACAUUCGAGCGCGGACAAAGAUUCGUCGGAUGACGAGGAUGGGGACAAGAAGUCAGAUUCGACAAAGGAAGUAGCGAAGAAAUCGACGCGAAUUCAGGGUCCUGAGUAUUCGAUAUUUGUUGGAAAUCUUCCGACGGCGAUCAAGAAGGGUGCAAUCAAGAAACUAUUUAUGCCAUAUGGCCGAAUUCUGACCAUCCGGUUCCGCACGUCGGAUGGUGUGUCGCUGUUCAAGAAAAAGGACCGCAAAGAGGCCAAAUCCCUCAUUUGCUACGUUCGGUUCACGACCAAGGAGGAAUCGAUAGCGGCAUGCGCCAUGAACGGUCAAAUGGUGGAAGAGAACCGCAUCCGGGUUUCGCUGCAAACUCAGAAGCAUCUGGGUCACAUCGCGUCCACCGUUUUUGUGGGAAACAUCAGCCGAAAAACCACCGACAACGAACUGUACGAUUUCUUCGGCCAGGUGGGCGAUAUCGAGUACGUGCGCCAAAUCUCCGACAAGGGCAUCGGUUACGUGUGCUUCAAAAAGGGCGUUUCCAUUGCCAAGGCGCUCAAGCUCAACCAGCAGCAGCUGAACGGACGGCCGCUGCGCAUUUCCAAGGUCGAUCCCAACCUGCAGCACAAGCGCAAGAACAAAAAGGGGAACCUGGUCGACAAGCGGCAUCCGCUUGGCCCCGCAGCCGGUGGGGCAAAGCGGGUUGCGCAAAAGGCGGCCAAAUCGCCGCAAGACAAGAGCGGAGACUUCCACGGAGCGGUUGCCAAGAAGCAGGGAGGUAAAAAGCAAAAGCACCACAAAAAGGGAGGCGGUGCCGAGUGGAAAAAGAAGGUGUUGGCGCAAAAGCUGACCGCUGCGGCCGGCAAGCCGAAGAAGUUUCGAUAAAUGCUAGUGUGUAAGUGAACGUCCACUGUUCGGGAAAUGUGAGCAAAAUAAAUAAAAAGCAAAUAAAGAACAUG